UCUGCUGUUGCUCCUGUAAAUGUGAGGUAACACAUUACAAAAACAGGCCUCAUCGCUAACAGUGUGAUCAGAUGUAAACAUCAUGAAGUGACAAAUUAAUCGAGUAGAUGGUAACCGCAUAUAUGCGGAAACCAAGUUACCAUUAUGUUACAGUUUGUGAUCGCUUUGUCGGCAAAGAUAAAAGACUUCUUUGGAUCGGUGUCGGGAAUACUGGAUCAGGUUCAGGUUGAAGUUGUCCUGUGUUCUUUGCUGGCGGGUGUUCUACUCACUGUAUUUUUACAGUUUCUCUUCUUCAAGCUACGAUUUGGACAGCUACCGGUGUUGCCUCCCCCUGUCAAAAAUCAGUAUCCCAAGAUAAAACUACCACAGCUUCUGAAAGAACAGGCCACCAAACCAAACCUGAAUGUUACUGAAAAAUGUCUUUGGUUCAAUUUAUUGGCGCAGUUCCUCUUUCGAGAGCUCAGAGAUACUCAAGAAGUUCGAAGAUGGGUAAUGCGGAAGAUGAAUAAUGAAUUCCAGGAGUUGCUGUCAACUCUGUCUGGAAAACUGAUGGACCAAAUCAUUGUGAGAGAUUUCAGCCUGGGUGACAACUUCCCCAUUGUGAACUCUGUCGCUGUUACUAAUGUCCUGGUGACUGAUGAUGUCAUGGAGGAGCUGGAUCUCUCUCUGGAUGUUGACUACACCGGUGGGUUUCAGCUUGCUGUGGACGUGUAUCUACUUUUCAAUAAGUCGGCCUAUCUGUCUGUGACCGUGAAGAAAAUGAAGGGCAAGGCCAGGAUGCAGUUCACCCGCAUGCCGUAUACUCAUUGGUCGUUCUCAUUCUAUGAGGACCCAGAAGUUGAUUUUGCUGUCGAGUCCCAUUUUGAUGGAAGACCUUUUCCUCAGAUUGCAUCACUGGUCAUUAGCCAGCUUCGACGAAGUAUUCGUAAAAAGCAUACAUUGCCAAAUUUUAAGAUGAGAUUCCGGCCAUUUUUCUGGAAGCCUGAGUCGUAUGUACCUCAACGAGAAUUAAAGGUCAGAGGUCAGAAUAUCAGUGUAGGUCAGCUGCGUGUGACUGUUAUCGAGUGUUCCAGACUGAUCACGACUCCCAAGGAAGCAUUACUGUACUGCACCAUAUCAGUGGAUAAUUUGCCUUGGAAGGAGCUGGUCAGUACCCGACAAAGGGUUUGGAAAGCUAUAGAUGUGGAAGUGAACAAGGGUCAGACACAGUCUGUGGGGAUGACUUUUAGAGAGGAACAUCUGCUGGACAGAUUUGAGGUAGUUGUCAUGGUCGACAGCAUUAUCUCAGAUUCACCAGCUGCUUUAGCAGAUAUUAGAAAGAAUGAUAUUUUGAUAGCAGUUAGUACUGCAAAGAUAUUUUCUUCAAAGCAAGCUGCUAAACUGAUCAAAAAUUCUGGAGAAAAAUUCACCAUUCGCAUUGACAGAGCUCAGAUGAAGAUCUCACAAGAUGUCAAGUUUUCUGAAGAAACUGUUUCUUUGAAGGAUGUAGAGACUGAAGUGGAUGAAGAAAGCAAAACACAGGACGAGCCUGAUGAAUAUAUACACAUCAGCUUUAAAGUUGAAGAUCACGAUUCCAGGCCUUCAAAAUCUCUUCUUGACCUUCCCAGCGAACCUCGGUUCAGGUCUAAGCGCUCAGUGUCUGAGGCAAUGACGGGAAAGCUGGGUCCCAUGUUACGAAGAGAAAGCUCUGACCCUCAGAUUGGAACAUCAGGAGCCGACAUUGACACGCGGGAGAGAUCAGAGAGUGACACCUGUUUGCUAACAAAGGAUGAUGACGAAGGUGAUUUAGUGGAUUAUGGCAGUGAUAGUGAUGAUGACACAUAUAAUGUACAGAAGCUUCAUGAGGUCACAGCUAGCAAGAGUCCUCGGUGGAACAAGGAAGUUACGUUUGAGGUUGGUGAGCAGCACCGGUAUCUCAAUCUGUGUGUCCGGUGUAAGAUUCCAGAGAAAGUCGACAGGAGUGACAAGGUCCUCAAACCUCCAAGAGACCUUCUGCUGGGUCAUGUUACUUUGUCUCUGAGUGAUGUAGCUCUGCAGUGUUUGUUGACCAGACAAAGUGACAGUCAAGAGACUGUGCCCUUACAACCUGGAGAGAUGAAAACUAGUGCUAGCCGUACCAAAACCAACAACUUGGCCAGCCAUCCUGGGUUUGAUUCACACUUGUGUUAUGGGGACAUCACUCUGGCAUUUCACUUCAAACCAAUGAACCUGUCAGAGCUGGACAAGAUAAAACUAACCAGACAUUCUGUUGAUCCGACAGUUAUUGACACAAGCAGUAAGGAGAGCAGUCACGAAGAUGCAUCUUCAAUGAAAACAGAUCAUUUAUCACCAAAAGGACUUCAUCAUUUCACAGGAACACAGUUUCACGCGGCAACGUAUUGUCACUUCUGUGGCAAGAAAAUAUGGAUGAAAGUUGCAUUCCAGUGUAGUAAUUGUACUAUGAUUUGUCAUAAGAAGUGUGUUGAAAAGUGCAACAAUGACACAAUUUGUACAGAAGCUGGACCAAUGAAGCGUUGCAAUCCAUCUGAAGCCUGGCAGACGCCAGUGAGCACUAAGAAGAAGGGUAACCAGGACGACCGAGAAGGAAUCAGUCGAACUGGUCGGCUGCUCAGCAAGUUCAGGAAGGAGUCAGCGUCUGCUGUUAAAAUGGAAUCUCCCAAAUUUGUGAAAAGAACGGGUAUCAGUCCAUCAAGAAAAACCUCAGAUCAGUCCAUUACCCCUAAUCCUAGUCCACGUCCUAGUCCACAGCCACCAAGGAAAUUUCCAACCCUGAUUCCUGAUCCCGAAAGUGUGUUAGCAGAGGCCAUGGGACCAGCAGAUCUAAAUUCCUGUGAAAGCACCGAUGAGCCUGAUAUGUUGAAGAUGAUUCAAGAUCAGCAAGAAAAGAUCAAAGGUCAAAAUGUGGAUGAACUUGUUGUUACAUCGGCAAAACAGAUGGGAAAAGAACUCUUUGCUCACUUGGAUGUAGAAGACCGAAAGCAGAAACUGGAUUCUAUGGUGUCGAAACUACAACAAGAAAUUGACCAAGAGACCGAGAAUAAGAUGGAACUCUGCCUCGCUGCUAAAACAGAAACUGAUCUUGCACAGCGCCAAGUUCUCGAUAUCAAGAUGAGCAAAUCAGAUGAGAAGACUGAGGCGCUGAUGAUGUUGCUUCUUCACUACUGCGCAGGACUCCAGCACUGCAUGGAUUUGGAGGAGGAGCAACGGCAGAAGAGUGACAUUCAAAGGGAGACGACUGCUUUUGAAGAGGCACCAUCAGAAGAGAGCAUACUAGAUGAGACUGGUUUGUCAAACAAAGAAGAGGAUGUUGGUGAUGUUUGCUCGUCUGAUAUAUGAGCAAGGCUGGGUUUACCGUAGAUGCACUAGAUACUCACCUAGGGUGCCAGAAUCAGAGUGGUCGUAAUAUUUAUUGCUGUAUUUAACACUUGGUGCAAUAUCUCAAAAUAUUAUUGAAGUAAUAGUGUUAUCAGUGGCUGGUGAAGAUAACCAUAUUUUCAUUCUGAAAAUUACAUUACCACCACAGUGGAACUUUAUGUGUCAUGAUAUGAAACUGAUGCAGUGAUAUUAAACUUUAUAAAAUUAAAAUUUAAUUCUAUUUUUCAGUUUAAAAACAUUUUAACUUAAAAAACUGCCUGAAUGUUUCCUACAGUAUAAGAUUCCUAAAAUAAAUUUAAACAUUUUCAAAAUUUGCACUAUGAUGAUAAUAAUGAUAAUAAUAUGCCGUUAAGUGCUAAUAAGAUCUCACAUAAUUGUAUUUCCAUCCAAUUUUAUACUAUAUUUGUCCAACCUUGUGAACUAUAGGUAUUACAUAAUAGUACAAGUACAUGUUGUGAUGGAUGAAUUCUACCAUUUACAAAGGCUUGAUGACAUCAAUAUACCUUUGAUAAACUUUUUGAGAAUAAAGGUAAAUGGAUGAAAGUUUUACAGUAAAAGGACAUGUUCACGUUUUAUACUCAAUUCAGUUCUUUAGUUAAAUUUGAGCAGUUGUGCAAGCAUAAUUUUGUUAUUUGACACCACUACCACCACCACCACCCCCAAUUUUUUUUUUUUUAAAUUUCAAUUCUAACAUUAAGUUGUGAUAAGUUGCUAGGAGGAGCACAUCAACAAGCAUUUAAAAACUGAAUGUAAUAAUUUUUUAUGUUCAUGCAAGUAUAAACCACAGAACCACACUGUAUGAACAGCAUAGCCUUCAUACAUAAAUCAUGUUCAAUUUUAAAUACUAUGAAAUAACUAUCAAACUAUUCACAAAAUUAAUACACAGCAUAAAUAUAGUUUGGCUUUUUCCAUCUGUAGCUGAAUGAGGGAAUUCUUUAUAUAUAAAUAUAUAUAUAUAUAUAUAUAUAUAUAUAUAUAUACAGUCGAACCUGGUCUAACGGUCACCUGUACAUAACGGUCACUUGCCUAUAACGGCCACUAUA